AUGGUUACUAGUUUUGAAAAUUUUAAUAAAUUAAGUGAUAAGGAAAUUAGUGAAAUUGUUAUUGAAAAACUUUCAGGUAAUAAUACAAUUGUUUAUGCUUUUGAUGGAUCAACUUUUAAAUUAAAUUCUAAUAAUGAAAAUGAUAUGGAGAAUAUUGAUCAAUGUUCAACAGCAAUGGCUCCAAAUGUUUCAAUUAAUAAAUUGUUGUAUGAUUUGGUUAUGAUGUGUCAACAUGGUAUUAAAACAAUUUGUGUUCCAAUGUGGUGUGAUAAAAUUGAAGAUAAGUCAUCUGAUUAUCUCUCAUAUUUCAUUCAAUAUUUACAAGGUUUAUCAGAACUAUUAGAGAAUGAACAAUUAGUUAAAAUGUAUAAAGAAACCAAUAUCAGAGUUAUUUUUUAUGGUGAUUUUAAAUUAUUAUUAAAACAUUGUAAUGCACUAGAAUUAUUAAAUAAAUUUGAAUUGAUAAUGGAACAAACUAAAAAUAAUACAAAUCAUACAAUUUUAUUGGGUACAAAUAUUGAAGAACCAUCUGAAACAAUCAUUAAUAAUAUCAUUUCAUUCUAUAAUUUAAAUGGUAAUGUUAAACCAACAUCUAUUGAUUUAAUUAAACAAUAUUAUGGUGUUAUGGUUGAUCAAGUUUCAUUAUACUUGGGUUCUCAUAAAUUCACAACUCAAGGAAGACCAAUAUUAAUUUGUGAUAAAGGUAAUGAAGAUUUAUAUUAUUCAAUUGGUUCACAUGAAUAUUUAUCAAAAAAUGGUUUUAGAAAAGUUUUAUUUGAUAAAUUAUUUUGUAGAAAAGUUGCAAAUGCAAAAGAGUAUCAAUUAAAAAUUCAUGAUAUUAAAAUGAUGAAACAAUUUUAUUUAAAUAAUUGUGAAAAUGUAAUGGGAGUUGGUAAUGUUAAUCCAAAUGGUAAUUAUUGGUACCCAGAUCCACAAGUUAUUUUACCAAGUGUUGAUGGUGCUAAUUAA